AUAUAGUACAAGGUAACUCUUGGGCUCGGAGAAAAUUAAUCUUACGGAUUCAUUUCAGAUGUCUAGGUGUAUUUAGAUGCGUAUAUACAUGUCAUAAGUACGUUCAUGAAUAAACUUUGAGUGAAGAUGUUGCAGAACAUACUACGUACUCAUCGCUUACUGCCAAUGAGACAGGUCACGACACCAGUUAAGAGACGACUGACUAGACGAACUGCUGGUGAAAAAGAAGAAUCAAUUGUGUUUAGUCAGAAUAAUAUCAACGUGCCCAAGAUAAAUACUGCUAUGGGUAUAAAAUCCGGCGAUCGAAUUCUAACUAUUGCUGCAAGUGGGACGCAUGCACUUUCUAAACUUUUCGCUGAUCCAGAAAGUAUACUCGCAGUGGAUACAAGUGCUCCUCAACUUCAUAUGGCAAAGCUGCAGGUGACUGGAAUGAAACUUCUAGCAAGGGAAGAAUUUUGUUCCCUGAUAGGAAUAAACAGAAAACAAAUACCAAAGACAGAAAGAAUUAAAAUUUACGAACAUAUACGAUCUGACCUCGAGUCGGAUACUCUCGACUUUUGGAAUAAACAUAUUGAUGACAUUGCAGAUGGUGUUCUUUAUUGCGGAGAGUAUUCCAAAGCAUUUGAUAACGAACUAAACGAUAUUCUUCACACUGUUCAUGGUGAAUCAACGAUUAAAGAGUUCCUAGCCUUGGGUGAUAACAUGGAAGAACAGCGUCGUUUCCAAAAAGAGAUAUGGAACACACCUGAAUUGCACGAAGCUUUUGAAGGCAGAUUUAAAAAAAGCACAAUACUGAGUGUCAACCUGUAUGAGAAUAUCAACACGACAUUGGGAAAACUGUAUCUAAAUCAGCUUAACAAUAUGAUAAACCACAUCCCAAAUAACGAGAAUCCAAGCAUGGAAGAAAUCCUCACGGGUGAUGUAACUGAGGCACGAAUGUCCGCUUAUCUGAGGGAAGGCAACUAUGAAUUUAUAAAAGAUCGUUUACAAAGAAUACAAUGGAUUGAAGCAGAUGUAACUGAUUAUUUGAAAGAGUAUAAAUCAGCAAGUCACUUCAGGAAACUGAAUGGUGUAAACCUUUCAACCGUACCUACAUACUACGGUCAAAUACCAAACAAGGUAUGCAAUAUGAUGAAAAAUGCUGUUGCAGUUUGUAAACCAGGUUCAAAGCUCGUAUACUAUGCCGCAUUUAACGAAUUAAGCAUACAGUUUCCGGAAGAACUGAUAAAAGAAGGUAUUAUAACAUACGAUGGUCAAGACUGCUCAUGUGGUGUCCCUAUUGCAAGAUAUGCAUCGGUCGUCCAGUGAAAUAUAGGAAGUCCUGUAUAUGAAAACGAAAACGAAAAACAGAACCCGUAGAAGUGUAUGGUGAAUUGAAAACACUUCGCAUGCGUUCCUGCAUAGAUAAACUUUAAAAUGAAUUUAAAUACUCAGAGUUCUGAUUGACUUGCUUUUUGAUGCAUCAUAACUAACUCUGUGUCAUUUCAAUAUAUUCAAAUAUCUAAAAAUAUAUUUCCAUAUAAAAUCUGUCUGACAAUACAGGCGCAGCAGAGAU